UCUCCAUGAACACGAACGCCUUGCCGCCGUUGCUACAUCCCCACCCCACUCUUCCGCCACGGGGAAGAGACUCCAUACUCUUCCGUUACCUGUCGAUGUGACCAUCCAAGCACAGCCAUGUCCGAAUCCUCUCAAACCCUAACCCUAGAUUCCUCAACUCUCUACCUCAACGCUCACAACUCUUUCUCUCUGCAAUCCCCACAGACUCCUCCGCCCCUCUCUUUCCCUCUCCCACCGGUCCCCAGCGGCUUUCCGCAUUCCAAAAUCAUCCCCAAAACCCGCUUCCUCGUCGACGCGUUCCGCCACGCCGGCGAUUUCUCCGUCUCGUACUUCCUCUCCCACUUCCACUCCGACCACUACGCUGGACUCGCCCCCAAUUGGUGCAGAGGCAUCAUCUUCUGCUCUCACACCACUUCUCGCCUUGUCAUCGAAGUGCUGAAGCUCUCUUCGUUGUUUGUUGUUCCAUUGCCGCUCUCCGAGCCGGUUUUGAUUGAUGGCUGUGAGCUAACGCUCAUCGACGCGAAUCACUGUCCCGGCGCUGUCCAAUUCUUGUUUAAAGUUCCGGGUGCUGGUGGUAAGGUUGAGAGGUAUGUUCACACGGGUGAUUUCCGGUAUUGUGAUUCUAUGAAACUAGACCCUGUUUUGAGUGACUUUGUUGGCUCUGAUGCGGUAUUCUUGGACACAACGUAUUGUAACCCGAAAUUUGUGUUCCCGCCGCAAGAAGAGUCCAUUGACUAUAUUGUUAGCGUGAUAGAGAGGAAUGGGGUCGAGAAUCAAGGUCCCGCAAAGUCCAUUUUGUUUCUUGUCGCUACUUAUGUUAUUGGGAAAGAGAGGAUUUUACUAGAAAUUUCACGCAGGUGUAAGCGGAAGGUGCAUGUGGAUGGUAGAAAGAUGACAAUUUUGUGCAUUUUGGGAAUUGGGAAAGAUGGGACUUUUACUGAGGAUGAAUCUGAAAGUGAUGUCCAUGUUGUUGGGUGGAAUUUGUUGGGUGAAACGUGGCCUUAUUUCCGACCCAACUUUGUGAAAAUGAAGGAGAUUAUGAAUGAGAAAGGGUACUCGAAGGUUGUGGGUUUUGUCCCAACAGGGUGGACAUACGAAGUGAAGCAUAAGAAAUUUGCAGUUAGGAUUAAGGAUGUCUUUGAGAUACACCUUGUACCAUAUAGUGAACAUUCAAAUUAUGACGAGCUUAGAGAGUACGUGAAGUUCUUGAAACCAAAACGUGUUAUUCCAACAGUAGGUGUGGAUAUUGAGAAACUUGAUGGCAAACAUGCCAAGUCUAUGCAGAAGCAUUUUUCUGGUUUGGUUGAUGAAAUGGCCAUCAAACAAGAGUUCUUGAUGGGAUUUCUUCAUCGAAUUGGGGAACCAGAGAAUAAGGUUGAGAAGGAUACUGGCCCUACCAUCGAGAAUAAGAUGGACCAGUUAGAAGAGGUCCAGCAGCUAAGAGAACUUAACCCCAAUCAGGAACUUGAUAAAGGAAAGUUUUCAGAUGUGCCGUCUUCUUUGGUAGCAUCUGGUGCACAAGAUUUGGUGUUAAGUGGUCGUGAAAAAGAUGAACUCAUUCAACAACUUCGUGACUGUUUGCCCAUUUGGGUUUCUCAAAAGCAGAUGUUUGAUUUGCUUAACAGCUCAGGUGGAGAUAUUGUUGAAGCAGUUUCCAAUUUUUAUGAACACGAAACUGAGUUUUAUGAGCAGAUAAUUUCUUGUACCUCAUCUGCUUGUACAUUGCCGGCUGUUCCAAUUUCUGAAUCUGCAGCACUUGCCAAACCAUGUCUAUUUAAAAGCCCUAAUAGAAAUGGGGAUGUUACUCAACGCCAAAUUUUCAAAUCACCGAGCACAAGGAACUUGACUAAGAGCAGUCUUUCUCCAGGAAAAAAUAGGAGAAAUGUGGAUAAUAAACGUAGCAAGAAAGCAAAAAGAAAUUCAAAUCUGGAAUUUAGUGGUUCAAAGCAAUCUACUAUAACAAGUUUUUUCACUAAACUUGCACCUAAUGCUUCCCACUGUGCUGAGAUUGAAAAACCGUUAGUGGAAUGCCCAAAUGACGAAAAUGUGUUGCCAAGUCAUCCUAUUAAGUCUUAUGAAGAGGAGGUAGACCAAUUUAUUCAGAUCAUAAAUGGGAGUGAAUCAUUAAGGAGUUAUGCUGCCACUAUCCUGCAGGAGACAAAAGGGGACAUAAACUUGGCACUGGACAAAUAUUAUGCUAAUCCUGGGGGCAACUUUGGUGAGAAUAACAGAAGGUUGGUAGACAUUGGAAGAUCUUCACAAAAUGAACGCAGUGUUUGGGAUAGCUCUUCCUGCAAAGAGAAAAUAGUGUCAGAGGUAUCAGGAAAUAAAAUUAAUAUGCCUGUGCCUGGGCUGUUGGCUGAGAGAGAUGUGAUGAAUCUUGUAUCACUGCCACCAGAAAAGUACUUUCCCAUAGAGCAUGCAUGCUGGACAUACGGGCAGUCUGCUCCUUAUGUCCAUCUUUCACGAACUUUUGACCUGGUUGAGGAUGAAAAGGGCAAAAUAAAAGCUACAUCCAUGCUAUGCAAUAUGUUUAGAAGCUUGCUGGCCUUGUCUCAAGACGAUGUGCUACCUGCUGUAUACUUGUGCACAAACAAUAUUGCUCCUGACCAUGAAAAUAAGGAACUGAAUAUUGGUGGAAGUAUAGUUGUGGCAGCAUUAGAGGAGGCAUGUGGGACCAAUAGAUCUAAAAUAAAGGAACUGUAUGACAGCUUAGGUGAUCUUGGUGAUGUUGCACAACUGUGCAGACAAACACAGUCACUACUUGCUCCUCCACCACCACUGUCAAUCAAAGGUGUAUUUUCCACUCUGCAGAAGAUAAGUGAACAAACAGGUAGUGGAAGUACAUUACGAAAGAAAAGCCUUAUUGUAAACCUCAUGCGUUCCUGUAGAGAGAAGGAGAUGAAGUUCGUUGUGAGAACAUUGGUUAGGAAUUUACGGAUUGGGGCCAUGAUGAGAACCAUCCUACCUGCAUUAGCCCAAGCGGUUGUCAUGAAUUCCUCCCUUCAUGAGGAAACAGUUGAAAAUUUAAAGGAAAGGCUUCAGUGCCUAUCAGCUGCAAUGGUUGAAUCAUAUAACAUGCUUCCAAAUUUGGACUUGCUUGUUCCUCAUCUUUUGGACAAAGGCAUCGAAUUUUCUUCAACAACUUUAUCUAUGGUUCCAGGCAUACCAAUAAAGCCCAUGCUUGCUAGAAUUACUAAUGGCAUUCCACAAGUGUUGAAGACCUUCCAAAAUAAGGCUUUUACAUGCGAGUACAAAUAUGAUGGCCAACGUGCUCAAAUUCACAGAUUGGCUGAUGGGUCUGUGUGUGUCUUUUCACGAAAUGGUGAUGAAACAACAUCAAGAUUUCCUGAUGUGGUUAGCAUAAUCAAGGAAUCAUGUAGUCCUACUGCUGCAACUUUCAUAGUGGAUGCUGAGGUAGUCGCUGUUGACAGGAAGAAUGGUCACAAACUUUUGUCCUUUCAAGAGCUAUCUUCCCGAGAGAGAGGGAGCAAAAAUUCACUGAUUACAGUGGGUAGCGUAAAGGUUGAUAUUUGUGUGUUUGUCUUCGAUAUCAUGUUCAUUAAUGGAGAGCAGUUGUUGAAGUCCCCUCUCCGUGAAAGACGAAAAUAUUUGAAAGAUUUGUUCGGUGCUGAGAAGCUGGGUUAUUUUGAAUAUGCAAAGGAAACAACAGUGGAAGCAGAUGAUGCUUGUUUGAGCAAUGAGUCCACACUGAAGAAGAUGAAGUCCUUUCUUGAUAAUGCAAUUUCCUCCUCUUGUGAAGGAGUAAUGGUUAAAUCUCUUGAUGUUGAUGCUGGAUAUUCUCCAUCAAAGCGAUCUGAUUCUUGGUUAAAGGUUAAGCGAGAUUAUGUGGAAGGACUUAGUGAUUCCCUCGACUUGGUCCCCAUUGGUGCUUGGCAUGGGAAUGGGAGAAAAGCUGGAUGGUACAGCCCUUUCCUCAUGGCUUGCUACGACCCUGACACUCAAGAAUAUCAAAGCGUUUGCCGGGUCAUGUCUGGUUUCUCAGAUUCUUUCUACAUAGGGAUGAAAGAGUUCUUCUCUGGGGACAAAAUAUUAACCAAAAAGCCAAUCUACUAUCAAACAGCAGAGGCACCUGACAUGUGGUUUUCUCCUGAGCUUGUGUGGGAGAUUAGAGGUGCAGAUUUCACGGUGUCUCCAGUCCACAAGGCUGCUGUCGGUUUAGUUCAUCCAUCCCGGGGCAUCUCUAUCCGAUUCCCUAGAUUCCUUCGCGCUGCAAUAGAUAAAAGGCCGGAGGAGUGUAACACAGCUGUAGAUAUAGCCGAAAUGUUUCAUUCCCAGACACGAAAGCUAGAUGUGAGCAUGACAGACCACCACGGAUAGCUGCUUAUGUGUUUUGAGUGUAGUGAUCUCCUCCUUUCUUCUAGGUUUUUUGGCAGUUACUUGCAUGUAAAACUGCUGCUCUUGGCAACCAAAGAGGAACAGAAACAUUUGUGUAUAGUAGCAGUGUCAAAUCUGCUCUUUUUGUGACCUUGUAAAGCUAGCUAGAGUGCUACAGUUUUUUUUUU